AGCAAAGGAAAGCUAGAUCUAAUUAUCUCUCAAUUCAUUGAUGAAUAUGCAACUUGGUUGUAUCUUCUUUGUUUUCGUGUUCUUAAUUAGCAGCGUAAUUAGUCGGACCGAACCGAUCGAUCAAACUUAUGGUUUCGAUUUCUCAAAGAUUAAGUUCGAUACGGGAGGACUUAGUAGAAAUGCAUUUCCAAAAGAAUUUAUAUUUGGAACAGCAACUUCAGCUUAUCAAGUAGAAGGAAUGGCUGACAAAGAUGGUCGAGGACAAAGCAUUUGGGAUCCUUACGUUCAAAUUCCAGGUAAUAUUGCUGGUAAUGCCACUGGAGAAGUUGCUGUAGAUCAAUACCACAAAUAUAAGGAAGAUGUUGAUAUUAUGAAAAGAUUGAACUUUGAUGCAUAUCGAUUUUCGAUCUCAUGGUCAAGGAUAUUUCCAAAUGGAACUGGGGAAGUAAAUUGGAAGGGUGUUGCUUAUUACAACAGAUUGAUUGAUUAUAUGGUUGAUCAAGGUAUUACUCCAUAUGCAAAUCUGUACCACUAUGAUCUUCCAUUGACACUUCAAGAAAGAUAUGGAGGUCUACUGGGGAUGCAAAUUGUGAAGGAUUUUGCUAAGUAUGCAGAAUUUUGCUUUGAACACUUUGGAGAUAGAGUGAAAAAUUGGAUGACGUUUAACGAGCCAAGAGUGAUAGCAGCUUUAGGGUUUGACAAUGGCAUAAACCCACCUUCAAGGUGUUCAAAGGAGUAUGGCAAUUGCACAAAUGGGAACUCAGGGACUGAGCCUUAUAUUGCAGCUCACCACAUUAUUCUUUCUCAUGCUGCAGCUGUGGAUAUAUAUAGAAACAACUACCAAAAAGCACAAGAAGGUAGAAUCGGAAUUCUGUUGGAUUUUGCGUAUUACGAGCCUCUUACAAGAGGAAAACAGGAUAAUUAUGCAGCACAAAGAGCAAGAGAUUUCCACCUUGGCUGGUUUUUGCAUCCAAUUACAUAUGGAGAAUAUCCAAGAACAAUGCAAGAAAUAGUUAAAGAAAGACUACCAAAGUUUAGUGAAGAAGAGGUUUCGUUAGUGAAGGGUUCCAUUGACUUUUUGGGAAUUAAUCAAUACACUACUUUCUAUAUGUUUAACCCAAAAAGCACUCAACUCGAUGCCCCUGGCUAUCAGAAUGAUUGGAAUGUUGGCUUUGCAUUUGAAAAGAAUGGAGUACCAAUAGGUCCACGGGCUCAUUCUACAUGGCUCUACCAAGUUCCAUGGGGAAUGUAUAAAGCUUUGAUGUACGUCAAAGAGAGAUAUGGAAACCCUAAUGUUAUUCUUUCGGAGAACGGUAGAGAUACACCCGACAUUCAACUCCCAGAAGCGCUUUUUGAUUUAGAGAGAAUCGAGUACUUCAAGUUGUACAUACAAAAUAUGAAAAGAGCAAUUGAUGAUGGAGCCAAUGUAAGUGGCUAUUUUGCUUGGUCUUUGUUAGAUAACUUUGAGUGGCUAUCAGGGUAUACCUCUAGAUUUGGCAUUGUCUAUGUUGACUACAAAAAUGGCCUCAAGAGGUAUCCUAAAAUGUCAGCUCAUUGGUUCAAGCAAAUGCUUCAGAGGAAGAAUUGAAAUUGGAUUUUGGGAUCUUGGGAAUUUAUGUGAUUAAUUUGUAAUAAAACGUUUUAGGUUUUAUUGAACCUGUGUUUGCUUUAAUAAAGUUUUGUUAGUCAUUUGAUGAUUAUGUCAAUGGUGGGACAACUUAACUUGCACAUUUUUUGUUUUGUCCAAAUUGAAAUAACUUUGAGCAUAUAAAGUAACAAAAAGAAAAAGAAAAAAAGAACUUUUGUUUA